AUGCCAGCUGAUGGUCAAGCUUCGAGACAACCCAAUUGCUUUGAUCCUCCUCAAAUCAGCGGCUAUCGCCAUAGGCAGACAAUCGUGCGCAAGUUGUGUGCAAAGGUCCCAGAAAGAGAUGCUUCGAUCACCCAGCAAUGCUUUUUAUAUGAUGGAGGAAGUGAAGGUUGUGUGCUCGUUAUUCUCAAGCCUAAUCUCGACCCGGGUAUGAAGAUGCCGUUCUACCAUCCCCAAGUCGGGGGCCUCGCCUUUCGUUAUCUCCCAAGCACAAAUGAAGAUACAGAAGUAGAGUAUCAAGGUACAAUUCAUCUUGACCUUCUCCCUCUGGAGUAUGGCACCGCGUCGGCACAGCUCACCGAGCGAGAUAUACGGACGUGUACCAUAUUAUUGGAGACAAUAGCCAAGCACGGGUGGGGUGCUCAUACGGGCUACAAGAAACGGAUGCACCACGACACGGUCGUUGCCCGAAAUCCAUACCAGGAUCUCUACCAAGAGAUGAAGGCAAAAUACAAGCAUCUCACCUCUGUGUGGGCAGAGAGUACAGACCCUAUCAAGAACGUUUUUGAGGACAUCGGUAUAGCCACUUUUCUUAUUCUACUGUGGAGAGACAUGUAUCCGCCGGAACUCUCAGAACCAGAAAGCAGUGGUCAUCCUCCGGGUGGCUUCGUAGAUAUUGGAUGUGGUGCCGGCCUUUUGGUCCAUAUUCUCAUUUCGGAAGGGUUUCAUGGAGAGGGUAUUGACAUUCGAGCCCGCAAAUCAUGGAAACAGUACCCUCCCGAAACUCAAUCACAUCUCCAUGUUCAUGGAAUUGAUCCUACAGCUUCAUCCUAUCCACCGAGCGACAUCUUCCCUCCAGGGUGCUUCCUUAUUGGCAAUCACGCCGAUGAGCUCUCUCCAUGGCUGCCUAUCACGGCUGCUUUGUCAAAUGGAGUCUCGUAUCUCUCCAUUCCGUGCUGUUCUUGGGCACUCGACCAAAAGUUUCAUAGGAACGACAAGUCCACCUUUCCACCGCUCCAAUGGCCGAUACACGACGAAGAACGGCGUUUUGAAGAAAGGCUCGGAGACACGAAGAAGAGCACGUACGGAGCGUAUCUCUGCUGGCUCAUGGCGCUGUCGAGGGAAUGUGGAUUUGCCUUGGAGUCUGAGACACUAAGGAUACCCAGCACCAGAAACUGGGUGAUUAUUGGACGUGCUAAGCCUGGCAAUGCCAUUGGGAAGGAGAGAGCCCAAGAGUUCCACUCCCAAGUCGUUGCCAGAGGGCUCUUCAAGACGCGUCAAGGGGCGAAUAGUCAUAGCUAA